AUGGCACUGGAAGCACUCAAAUUCUAUGAGUUUUCCGAAAAAACUGAUGUAUGGGCAUUCGCUAUUCUACUUUUCGAGAUUUUCUCGCUCGGUGACGUACCGUAUCCAACCGUACAACCAAUCGAUAUGAUCUCCUAUGUCGAACAGGGUAACCGUCCACCACAGCCGGAAAAGUGUCCAGAUGAGAUGUGA